ACUGUAUUUUGUCUGCUGCCGCCGCACGUCUUCCGCUGGCGUUGAUGUUGACGCGAAUCAAUGAACCUGGUCCGACAGCGGCAUAAGUUCGUUUGCUUUGCUAGAAUGCGUUAAAUUUUACAUGUUAAGAAAAGCUUUAUCAAGUGCGCCACUGUUCGAACUCUGCGUUCGUCUACUAAUUCUUCAAAUUUAAUGUGUGAUGUCAACGAGUGUUCCGAUUCACCAUGUGUCUGCCCAUCGUGCGUGUAGAAACUUGAUAGUAAUGUGCGAGUAGGGAACAGUUUUCUCUAGAGUAGCGCCUCGCGCCUGUGCAUCUUGAAUUUUGACGUGUUUCAGUUGACGCAGUGCAUUCUUUUAGUCUCUGCUGUGAAACAGACGAGGAAGAAGUCUUCGCGCCAUGGACAAGAAAGGACAAUCUAUGACCAGUGAGGAAAUGGAAAAAGCGAUACUUCAGCCUUAUUAUUACAUCGUCAAAAUUCCAGGAAAACAAAUAAGAACCAAGCUGGCACAGGCCUUCAAUUAUUGGCUGAAGAUAUCCCCUGAAAAAUGUCAAGCUGUUACAGAGAUUGUUCAAAUGCUCCACAAUUCUAGUCUCCUGAUUGAUGACAUUGAGGAUAACUCUUUGCUGCGAAGAGGUGUGCCUGUCGCACAUCACAUCUUUGGAGUGGCCAGCACUAUAAACUCUGCCAACUAUGUUUACUUCCUCAGUCUUGAGAAAUGUCUACAGCUGGGUGAUCCUCAGGCCACCACUGUUUUCACUGAACAGUGCCUAGAGCUUCACCGUGGUCAAGGCAUGGAAAUCUACUGGAGGGACAACUACAUCUGUCCUUCAGAGGAUGACUACAUCACAAUGGUUAAACGAAAAACUGGUGGCCUUUUUGGACUGGCUGUGCGGCUUAUGCAACUUUUUAGUGAAAACAAGAGUGAUUUCAGUGAAUUGAUUGGCACCUUGGGGCUGUACUUUCAAAUAAGGGAUGAUUAUGCCAACCUGGUUCUAAAAGAGUAUACAGAUAACAAGAGCUUUGCAGAGGAUCUCACGGAGGGAAAGUUUUCAUUUCCCAUUAUACAUGCUAUCCAGAAGCACCCAGAAGACCCUCGGAUGAUGAGUAUCCUUGCUCCGCCAGAGGAAACGUUGGGCCAUUGUUGUUUGGCAAGUUGGUCCAUAGCUACACAAGUAGCAGCAUCACCAGAAAAACAUAUAUCAAGGAGAGCAGGAAGCGAUGACAUUGUAAAGAAGCGAACCAAAGACUUGGAAAUCAAGAAGUAUGCUGUGGAUGUCCUUGAAAAGUUGGGAUCAUUUGCCUACACCAGGGAAAUCUUGCAGAAGCUGGAUGCAGAAGCUCGAAGGGAAGCUGAAAAGCUUGGAGGCAAUCCUUACAUAGCUCAAGUUCUCGACGAGCUCAAGAACUGGUGAAGGUCAUCUGAGCCGAGAUCACCUUGCGUAUAUUUGUGACAUCAUCACCUUAUUCCCUCGGCACUUAAGUGUCACCACACUCCUGUCUUCAAAGUACUCUGCAUGCACACGGGUGGCAUUAUUGCACCACCUGCUGUGGGCACAUUCAAAUCAUGCAAAUACUAGUCCGUGCACCUACAUCUAUGCUUUAGAAGGUGCCAUCUUUAUUGCUUACAAUGAAGAAGCUUGCUGCAGCCAUUUAACGAAGCUUGGAGCUGAUUUAAGUGUACUAUAAUUAUUCAUUAAGAAGAACUUUCUUGAUUUCAGUUUUACAGAAACAGGUUAUUUUUCUAUGCUUUGCCAAUUAUCUGCCAAAAAGCGAUAGAAAAUGCUGUGGCCUGGAAAGGUCACUUUAAAUUUUACAUUUGUGUAUUCCAAAGUGUAGACUUCAAGUGAAUUCAUCCACUUUUUAAAUUGACAAUAGGUUGUUAUUUUAGUGUUUUAUAUUUUAUUGUUACUUGGAAAUAAAUGUGCAACCAUGUUGCUACAGCGUUUCUAUA